UUCUGAGAGUGGCACUGAUAUAAGUCUGAGGAUUAACCAUACUCAAAUAUUCCAGAUGAGAACGAAGAUUUCCAGAAGCUUGCAGAAAGGGAAAUCUCCUCCUGUGAAGAAGAGAUAGCUGAACUGAAACACCAGAUAGUGUUGCUUUUGAUUCCUCCAGAAGAAACAGACAAGAGCGAUCUUGUCAUGGAAGUAACCGCUGGAGUCGGAGGGCAGGAAGCCAUGCUGUUCACCUCGGAGAUAUUUGAUAUGUAUCAACGAUACGCUGCCUAUAAAAAGUGGAAAUUUGAAAUAUUAGAAUACUUUCCCAGUGAAAUAGGUGGCCUAAGACAUGCAGUUGCCAGUAUAGCAGGACUUGAGGCUUACAAGUACAUGAAAUUUGAAGGAGGAGUGCAUCGUGUUCAGCGGGUGCCAAAGACAGAAAAACAAGGACGCAUUCACACCAGCACAAUGACAGUUGCGAUAUUACCCCAACCCACCAAGAUGAGGCUGCAAAUUAAUCCAAAAGAUCUACGGAUAGAAACAAAGCGAGCCAGUGGAGCUGGAGGCCAGCACGUCAAUACCACAGACAGUGCUGUGCGGAUCGUUCAUAUUCCAACAGGGAUUGUGUCUGAAUGCCAGCAAGAAAGAUCUCAAAUUAGAAACAAAGAGAAGGCUAUGCAAAUGCUUUGUGCUAAACUAUACAACGCCAAACUGGAAGAAGAAACCAAAAAGAGAAACAGUGUUCGAAAGAUUCAAAUUGGGACUAAAGGAAGAUCAGAGAAGAUCAGAACAUACAACUUCCCACAGGACCGGAUUACUGACCACAGGAUAAGCAGAUCGGUGCAUCAUAUUGAGUGUUUCAUGCUAGGGGAAGAAAUGCUAGAUGAAAUGAUACAAACUCUGAGAGAAUAUGCUGAUUAUGAAUCUUUAAUGGAAAUUAUUUCAGAAAAUGAAAACAAGACUCUAUCCUGAACACUGCUCUUUGUCAGCCCGUUACAACAGAUGUAGACAUUUGUCUGCAAAGGAGCUUCUCAGAGCACCACCCAGAAAACGCAACUGCUUUUCAGAUCAUGACAGACACCACAGCUUGUUUCUGCAUGACUGAUAAACAGUCGUCUUACUUGCUGAGAAAGAGACUUUACCUUCGUAUGAGACAUUAGUGCUGCAGAAGUCCACUUAAAAAGUAAAUUUGGCUGGGCCAGGAGUAACUGCAGCUUUUAACUUUCUCCACUGCGAAGAUGCUGAUACGCCACUCUCUAAAGGUAUGCAUUAAAAAAUGAGCUAUUUCUAGUUCCAGUUUUCAUUUAAACACUAGGUUAAACAUCAGUACAGUGUCAAAUAGCUUGCUUGAGAGAAUAACCCUAUUUUGUUUGAGUGUUUGGAAGAAAGUGAUAAAUA